AAAAAGUGGUACAAGAGCAGUUCGUAUGUUUGAAGAGGAUGGAGUGGAUUACGGACACUACCGUUUUGGGAACGGCAGCGGAGCAUCCAUAAAUCCACGACUCUAGGGUCUAUCAUGCUCCAUUUCUCGUACGUUGUAAACUCUCUUCCCAAUAGCUGUACAGCUACACCAUUGCCGGAAACUAUUCAAACUAUCUAUCACGCCAUGUCUACCCUCUUCCCAAGAUGGCCUCACAUCCUCUUUGGAAUCUUCGAGCCAAUCUCUCUGCUUCUGGGCUGGGCAGCGCCGCUUGUUGAUCUCGACAGUUUCAUCGCAGGCCAAACGCCCAAAGUCGCGGCUCCUACAUCUCUGCACCCCAGCAGCGUGGCACUUGCCUACCAGCUAGGCAAUGUGUAUCUCCUUCUUCUCCUUGUAGGAGUCGGCGUAUGCUACACCACUUCCGAGCCCAAAGUGUUGCGGAACUACCUCAUUGCCCUGGCCAUUGCGGAUGUCGGACACAUCUACGCGACGUAUGUGGCCAUGAGGUGGGAGGCAUUUGUGGAUGUCUCCUCGUGGAAUGUGCUGACAUGGGGGAAUAUUGGGGCGUCGGGGUUCCUAUUUGUGAACAGGAUCGCCUAUCUGAUGGGAGUUUUUGGCUAUCCUAAAAGAUCUAAGGGUGAGGUCAAGAGGAGCUGAAGUCAUGCAUGGAAUAACAGCCAGCAUAACUGCAUGUGGUAGUCUGUAUAUUAUUUCCAAGCCUACAGUUAGCUUGAUUCUUUUGGAGUACCCUCAGCGCCAUAAUGUACAUAUUUAUACAGUACCUGCAUCGUCUCUGAUGGUCAUUGAAGCCUCCCAGUCUGUCAUUUGUGGUCAAGAUCCUGUCCGUAUUGUAAGUCCGUUACUGGCGUCUACAUGUACAUUCAGAAGAUGGUCUGGAGUCGCAGAAUCUAUGCUGGUAUGCC